AUGUCCUCUACCGCUUCUCGUCCCAUCGUCAUUUCCGGUCCUUCUGGAACCGGCAAAUCCACCAUCCUCAAACGUCUCAUGGCCGCCCACCCCACCAAAUUUGGCUUCUCAAUUUCCCACACAACCCGUGCCCCUCGCGCCGGCGAAACUCGGGAUGUAGACUACCAUUACGUUUCCCGCACUGAGUUCCAAACCCUCAUCGAUGAGAACGGGUUUAUCGAGCACGCUGAGUUCUCUGGAAACUGCUAUGGGACAAGUGUUGCUUCCGUCGCCGCCGUGGCGGAGAAGAGUGGGAAGACGUGUAUUUUGGAUAUCGAUAUGCAGGGUGUGAAGAGUGUCAAGGCAACUGAUUUGAAUGCAAGGUUUUUGUUUAUUGCGCCACCAAGCUUGGAGGAGUUGGAGAGAAGGUUGAGGGGGAGGGGAACGGAGAGUGAGGAGAGUGUGCAGAAGAGAUUGGAGGCUGCGAAAGGGGAGAUGGAGUAUGCGAAGGAGCCUGGAGCACAUGACAAGGUUGUUAUUAAUGAUGAUUUGGAGAAGGCAUACAAGGAGGUCGAGGAGUUCUGUUUGGCUGCCUAA